UUUUUUUUUUUUUUUUGAGUGAGUGGCAAAUGAAGAUGAUCCGAAAAGGUGUAACAUUCCCAUCUGAUUACGUCAUCACUGUCACAUGAUCGACGAAAACGGAAGAUUUGAUUUUAUUCACUAGUGUAUUUUUCCCUAAGAUGGCAGGGAGAAAGCAAAUUUCAUUUCAAGAUAAACUCAACGUCAUCAGCGAUAUUGAUGAUGGAAUGAAGCAGGUUGAUGCAGCUAAGAAAUAUGGAUUAUCUCAAUCUACAGUUGCAACGUUCCUCAAGAAGAGGAAACAUAUUGAAGAUGCUGUGAGAUCAAAUUCAGUUAAUCCCAAGCGAAAACGACUAAAAGUCGCGACUAAUGAAAAGAUUGAUGCUGCCGUCCUGAAGUGGUUUCAAGAGAUGAGGGCAACAAAUAUCCCAAUAAAUGGACCCUUGUUAUGUGCACAAGCACGGAAAUAUGCAGCAAUGCUAGGGAACGAAACUUUUAAAGCUAGCAAUGGUUGGCUAAUGCGUUUUCGGGAUCGCCACGGAAUCACUUUCCAGGAAAUUCACGGAGAGAAAAAAUCUGCUCCGAUGAAUGAGGCAAAGGCCUGGAGACAAGAGAAGAUGAAAGAAAUUCUUCAAAAGUAUGCACCAGAAGACAUUUAUAACGCUGAUGAAGCUGGGCUGUUUUUCAACUCCUCCCUGAUAGAACAUUGGCGUUUAAGGGUGAAAAGUGUCACGGCGGGAAGAAAUCAAAACAAAGAUUGACUGUUCUUCUGUGUGCCAAUAGUACAGGAACACAUAAAAUUCAACCUCUUGUUAUCGGCAAAUCUUUGAAGCCAAGGUGCUUCAAGAAUGUGAGAAGUCUUCCUGUGGAAUAUAAAGCCAAUAAAAAGGCUUGGAUGACGUCUAAAUUUUUUUCUGAAUGGUUGCUGAAGUUAGAUAAGGAAAUGAAGAAGAGAAAGAAAAAAAAUUGCAUUGUUGAUUGA